UUCACACCAUUUUGUCCUUUAUUUCUUUAUUUUUGUUGUAUGCAUAAUUAAUAUCACUGGAAUCUAUACAUUUCCAUUUAAGUAAAAGCUGUGUCUGUGCUUGCAGGGCUUUGUCCGAGAUGUUCACGAUGAUUCCCUCAGCAUUGCCUUCGAGAACAACUGGCAGCCGGAACGCCAGGUGCCCCUCGAUGACAUCAGGAUGCCGCCCCCCAGUGACGCUCCGAAGGAGAUCGGAGAGGGGGAGGAGGUGGAGAUCUUCUCCAGAGCCAAUGAUCAGGAGCCCUGCGGAUGGUGGUUGGCCAAAGUCCGCAUGAUGAAGGGCGAUUUCUACGUGAUUGAGUACGCUGCCUGCGACGCCACCUACAACGAGAUCGUGACCUUUGAGCGCCUGCGUCCCAUCAACCCCAACAAGGCACUCACCAAGAACUCCUUCUACAAGUGCACCGUGCCUGUUCCUCAGGAUCUGCAAGAGGCGUGCCAGAAUGAGCAGGCCCAUAAGGACUUUAAGAAAGCUGUUGGAGCCUAUUGCAUCUUCUACUGCCCUGAGACCAGCCAACUCGUUGUCAUGUCCAACAACGAGUCGACGGUGAAGCGCGUCUCCCUGCUGAGCGACAUGCACCUGCGCAGCAUCAGGACCAAGCUGCUGCUGAUGUCACGCAACCAGGAGGCCACCAAGCACCUCGAGAGCUCCAAGCAGCUGGCCUCCUCCUUCCAGGAAGAGUUUACGGUGAGGACGGAUUUGAUGGGGCUGGCCAUCGGUAGCCAUGGCAGCAACAUCCAGCAGGCGCGUAAAAUACCGGGUGUCACGGCGAUCGAGCUGGACGAGGAGACGGGGACGUUCAGGAUCUAUGGAGAGACGGCAGAGGCGGUGAAGAAGGCCAGGAACAUCCUGGAGUUCCUGGAGGAUUCUGUCGAGGUGCCAAGGAACCUCGUGGGGAAGGUGAUUGGUAAGAACGGUAAGGUGAUCCAGGAGAUUGUGGACAAGUCUGGCGUGGUUCGGGUCAGGAUCGAGGGCGACAACGACAACAAACAGCCACGGCAGGAAGGAAUGGUUCCCUUCACCUUCGUAGGAACCAAGGAGAACAUCGGCAACGUUCAGGUUCUGCUGGAGUACCAUAUCUCCUACCUCAACGAGGUGGAGGAGCUGCGUCUGGAGCGGCUGCACAUCGACGAGCAGCUCCGGGCGGUGACCCAGGGCCACCGCGCCUCGGACCGGCCCUCGGACCGGGAGCGCGGGGAGCGUGGCGGGGAGAGGGGCGGCUACGGCCAGGAGGGCGGCGCUCCCGGCCCCGGCUCCUCCCUGCACAACAGCCGCUCCUACACGGGGCGGGGCCGCGGGCGCAGGGGCCCCAACCAGACCUCUGGAUACGGAACCAACUCGGAGCAGUCCAACGCCUCGGAGACGGAUUCAGAGCGCAAAGACGAGCUGAGCGACUGGUCACUGGCCGGGGAGGACCAGGACAGGGAGCGGGGCCAGCGGCCCCAGAGGGACAGCCGCAGGAGGCCAGGGGCAGGCCGGGGCGCCCGGGGGGGCCCUGGGGGCCGCGGGGCUCCGGGAGGCCGAGGGAGAGGAUACGGGAACAGCUCUGCUGGGCGGGGAGACUACGACGAUAACGUUGGUUACGGCGCCCUGGAGGCCAACACGGAGACGGACCAGACGGCCGACACGGACGCCAGCGAGUCCAACCUGCCCGCCAACCGCCGGCGUCGCUCCCGGCGACGCCGCACGGACGAGGACACCACGGUGAUGGACGGCAUGAGCGAAUCGGACAACGCCUCCAUGAGCGAGAACGGCAUAGAUGACCCAGAGGUUAAACCUCAGCGUCGUAACCGCAGCCGCCGCCGCCGGGACCGCCUGCCCGACGCCAGGCAGCCAGCCGUGACAGUGGCGGACUACAUCUCACGGGCCGACUCUGAGAGCCGACAGACUGCAGCGAGCAUGGACACCAAGAAUAACAAGAAGGAAGUGGUUCAUGUGGAUGACAUCGCUGAGAAUAGCCCGCCCACUGCCCCGAAAACCAACAGCACUCCCAGCAAGAAAGCCGACGGUGACCACGGCGCCAGCGACAAGACCCGGUCGCCAAAGUCUUCCACAGAGAGGUCGGCCAAAGCCUCCCUCCAGGGUGAACCAGACACACAGGCCACCGUCAACGGAGUCUCCUAAUUAGACGCAAUAACCAAGAAAAUGGGAUUAGGGUCAUUUCUGUUAAAAUGCUCAAUACUCAAAUGGCCUCAAAGGUGGAGUGGAACACACCACGUCCAUUUUUACUUUUUCACCUUUGUUUGAAAUAUUUGAACCCCUAGUACAGUUCUCGAUAUCCCAGACGGGCUCUCUGAUAAUUUUAUCACUGUUUUUACUAUAGGUCUUCAUGUACGAGCUUGCCAAAGAUAGUCAAACAUACAAACUCACAGAUAUCUCUAUGAACUGCACUUUUCAUUCUCCCUCUCCCUCUCUCUGAGUAUCUUUGCAGGCGAGGCGGGACUGAAGACGAGACAAAAGAUAGACAAACAAUAUUGAAAUAAUUCUGACCGGAUUUCAGUCCAAACCAUGCUGUGGUCAACAAGGCUGUACUCGUCACUGUUCCCAUGUCAAAUUCAACUCGUAAAUGAUCCAUUCGGCCCGAAACACAACCGCAGCAUGUCUGUGUUUACUGGAAACCUGGUCAGAGUAUGUCCAACGUACAAGUGAUCAGCUGUCGUGCCUUGAGUGUAGAUUCUACAUGUCGUUGCCUGGCUACAUAUAAAAGUACCCUCUGAGAUCUCUCUUUUUCAUUAGCCCUGGUCUGGCCUGCCAGCAUGGAAACUGUUUAUAUGUCCUUAAACGGCAUCCCCACCCUCUGCGAGCAGGCUGGGGCUAAUGCGGGAGGGAUCUCGGUGGCCUAUCGCUUUCAAAUCAGAUCUCUUUCAAAUCAGGUUCUAUCUCUUAUAUCUAUCAGUUGAGUUGAGGGGUGAUGUUAGCUGCUUUGUUUCCUUUAUUUCAAUAUGCAACUGCUUUUCCGUCAUAGGAGGAAAUGUUAUGUACUAUGUGUCUGGAAAAUGAGUAGAAGAGUUCUUUCUUUGCACUGAAUUGUUACUUCUUUUUGUUUGUUUUUUGAAAUAACCGUAGUGUUAGUGCGUCGAACUGGCAUGUUAAUGUUGUUUUUUAAACACUGUAGCUGCCAGGGCUGGGUUCCUUAUGACAUCUUGACGCUGAGCUGCAGGUGGAUUUGUUCUGGUUGAACGAAGGGAAGGCGAUGUGGAUAAGGGCUAUAGACCCUCAUCUAACCUUCAGAAGUCUCUUAACUUGUGCAAUGCAAAGACUUAUUUUUCUUUUAAGUAACAGGGUCUGUACCACAUGUUCUCUGCCCCUUACCUUAAAGAUGGUUUAUACUUUCUGUUCGUUCUGAGCCCGUUCCGGGCAGUGGGAAUAUACGUCCCUGGUGUUUAAAGAUGCUUCUGGGAACCACGCCCAGAUCAGGAUGUCAUUUUCAUGGUUCUUCCACAGACUGGACAUGGUCAUGACUGUUUCACUAAAGAUUUAUUUAUUUAAAGGAAAAACAAAACAAAAAAACAUGCAGUAUUUAAGUUAGUGAGGCUGUCUUCUUCUUGACACUAAAACUGGCGUUAAUAAGCUUGUUUAUUUUAAGAUGGAUGACAAUUUGGACUACUGAGUGUUGUGUGGCUCCCCAGGUGGUUCCUUUUUGUGGGCGACUACAGUACUUUCUUGUUUUGUUUUUUAAGAAUCAUUCUGGUUGGUUGAUGUGCAAUAUGUUUUGUAUGCAGGUAGUUCUUAAAUAAACAUGAUCUUCCCUCAAGAUCUAAAAAAAAAGUCAAAUUGACAUGACUUACA